AUGUCUGAUCAGUUAGCCGAAUCUGUGGAGGACGACAGCUCUGUCACAAUGCUCGAUGUUCUCCAGGUAGAAAAUCAGCUCGAAGAGGAUGCAUAUGCCGUUCUAGGUGCAUCCGACGACCAGAAUUGUACUUACAGUAAGGGAUAUAUAAGACAGGCAUUGUAUGCAUGUAAAACAUGUUGCUUAAACAAAAUUCGAGCUGCCAUCUGUUUGGCAUGUAGCUUUCACUGUCAUGAAGGCCAUGAACUUGUAGAACUAUAUACAAAGCGACACUUUAGAUGCGACUGUGGAAAUACUAAGUUUGAUGGCAAACAAUGUAAUCUAGAGAAACUAAAAUCUGCUAUCAAUACUGAAAAUAAAUACAAUCAGAAUUUUGAUGGUGUUUAUUGCAUCUGCGCAAGACCAUAUCCUGAUCCAGAAGGUGACGAAGAUGACAUGCUACAAUGUAUAAUAUGUGAGGAUUGGUAUCAUUUGAAGCAUUUGGAAUGUGACAACAGUGCACCAGCAGAUAAUGCUUAUGAUGAAAUGAUAUGUGCAGGCUGUAUGAAGAAACACAACUUUCUGUGGAAAUAUGCAACGAAACAUACAGUCCUAAAGAAAGCAGAUGUAAAAUUGGAUGCAUCUGAAAAAAAUGAAGAAAUAAACGUCAGUGAGUUGUCCAAAGGAUGUCAAAUGCCAAAAUUUAGCUGUGCAGAUACUAAAGGAAGCUGUUUUUGGAUAGAGGGUUGGAGAGCCGCACUGUGCACUUGCGACGAAUGCAAAUCUUUAUAUAAUGCAAAAGGCAUUGCAUUUUUACUUGAUCCAAAAGAUAGUGUACAAGCAUAUGAGGAAGCAGGAAAAAUGAAUAAGCAGGAAUCUCAAUAUGAAAAAGGCAUGAAAGCUCUUGCCAGCAUGGGGCAUGUACAAAAGUUGACAGCGAUUGAAGAAUAUAACAAUAUGAAAGAACGGCUAAUGCAAUACCUACAAAAAUUUGCUGAAAACAAGAAAGUUGUACGUGAAGAAGAUAUUAAAGAAUUCUUUUCGGAAAUGGAAUCCAAAAAACGUCCUAAAGUGACAGUGCCAACAUAUUGUCGUUAAAAACUUGUAUUUAUACAGGGUCCCACAAUUUUUGGCAAAGCGCUUGUGUUGCUAGAGCGAACUAAACUCUAAGUCGAAAAGUUUUUUGUACUGUUUUGCAAUUUUUGAAAUAGUUAACGAAAUAGUUAACGAAAGUAGCCAAAUUCGUCCGGUCUACCAUCAAAUGUAAACAGACGGAGAUAAGAUCGCCCAGCGAGGCAUGCGUUUGCUAGGCCUGUCAAUGUCUCUUAUAAACAAUAUGCCUAGCUAUGAAGAAUACGGGUGCGUUCCGAAUGAAGCGCAUGAUGAUGAUACAUCAUUUGUCCUUGUUGUUUAUCAAAUAAAGAAGGAUAAAACGAUAUAUCAUGUUUUUCAUGUAACUCGGAAUGUACUCCAUGUAUAUCUGCAGUGGUGUCAUUCUGGCUUGCGCCAGUGAUAGAAAUUUGGCUCCGCGUAACACAGAAAAUUAGCCUCUCCACUUUUGUUCCAUCAAGUGAUGCCACGCUCGAUCAGCUUCGGCACUGAGUGAGCAAUAGCAUGCUAUCCUUUUUGCUUUCCUUUUUGCCUGAAGCGCAAUGAAGCGCACUUAGCAUCGCUAGGCAUAUUGUGCACGGAGUCAAAUUUCCAUCAUAGAUUUGCGCUACCAUUUGGUAAUGCGUGGUGGGAGAAGAGUGGAGUAUAGUUGCCGAUAGCUAUAGCUAUAGCUUCAUAGCAACUACUAUGACAACUACUCCAAUCUCCUAUUACACAUUACCAAGUGAUAACGCAAACCAGAAUCUGGCACAACUCUCUGGGCAGUCCUAUUUUGCCGCGCGCUUGCAUUCAGCCGGGCGAAUUUGGUUAUUUUUAUAAAUUCAUAUCGUUUUGAAAAUUGCAAAAUGGUAGAGAAUAUUUCGACUCAAUUUAGUUCGUUCUGCACAAAAGCGCUUUGCAAAAAAUUAUGUGACACCCUGUACAGUCAGUUACAGAAAGGUUGCAACACUUUUUUUUCGAUGGGUUUUGGAAUGCCGCCUAUUCACUAAAAACGAUUGGUUCUUAUUUGUGGAUCCAUGAAUCGUUUGAUGAGCAAACUGCAUUCUGAAAUCCAUUGAAAAAAUGUUGCAACUUUUCUGUGACCGGCUGUAUAUACUCUCAGUUAACGAUGAUCUAAACAAAAAUAGAUAUUGUUUCUAGCAGGAUAUCUUGAGUUUUGAGAAUUUUAUAUCUAAUAUUUAAUUGGUACAUGUCACUACAUUGAAAAAUCUCCAUAUAUAUCUUGAAUUCAUAUAUAUAUAUUGAAAAAUUUCCAUAUAUAAUUACAGGAAAAGAUGAAAAGAAAUGUGAAGAAACGUAAUUUGCAAAUAUAUAUAAAUAUAAUGUCAAAAAAAGAUAUUAAUUAAGAGAAAAGAUUCACGGUUUCUUUGCAUGUAUAUUAUAACAUUUAAUCUUUAAUUCGAACUAAUUACGAAUAAAUUUUUUAUUGAAAAAUA